UGGGAAGAAAACGUCACAAUCAGCUGACUUGACUGCGUGUGUUGAUGUGUAGUCUCGUGACAGUUUGAAGCGAUUUGUUUAGUCACAAAAUUUAUUACAUAUUAUUUAUUGUUUUUGCUUUAUCACAAGUCAGUCGGUGCGGAGCUAUGUUACGACCGAAGGCGUUGACUCAGGUUCUCAGCCAGGCGAACACGAACGGAGUCCAAAGCACACUCCUCCUGAACAACGAAGGUUCCCUACUGGCGUACUCCGGGUACGGCGACACCGACGCGCGGGUGACGGCCGCCAUCGCGAGCAACAUCUGGGCCGCCUAUGACAAGAACGGCCACCAAGCCUUCAAUGAAGACAAACUCAAAUUCAUACUCAUGGAUUGCAUGGAGGGGAGAGUUGCCAUCACCCGUGUAGCCAACCUUCUGCUGUGCAUGUACGCUAAAGAGACGGUGGGCUUCGGGAUGCUGAAAGCCAAGGCAGAAGCACUGGUGCAGUACCUGGAGGAACCUUUGACCCAAGUGGCUGCGUCAUAAUGAACAUGUUUGCGUCGCUUCUCUUUCUGCCUGGAUGAGAAAGCAUCACUUGAUCAAACAUGGACUACUGUAACAUUCUGUCUGUUCACAGUACGAUGCAUAUAUAUGAGUGAGUGAGUGAGUGAGUGAGUGAGUGAGUGCGUGCGUGCGUGCGUGUUGGGGGUUCUUCAGUGUAUUUAUAAAUAUGGUAUUGAAACUAACAACUUGUUUGAGUUUUUAACCGUUUGUCUUCACUUGUGAGUCCAUUUGUUUAAUGAUCCGCUCCAGAGUUCAUGUCAGCAUGACGUCUGCGUGUACAACUGCUGAAAUGAUUUUACUAUCAGCCGCUCUCACAGCUGAUUCACUCAUUUGCAGUUUUCUCUCUGGCUUUUGCAGAAAAGUGAACAAUUUGAAUCGCAUCACUGGCCUGAAAUGCAUAUUAUGAAGUGUAUGGAGAGUUAUGAGAAUAAGAAUUUCUGUCUCAUUAAAUUGCAAUCAAUGUAA